UAUUCUCCAUGCCAGGCGUGUUAUGAUUUCGGGAAGAUGCAGUUCUUUAUCAGUAGUUCGCUGUGUAUCUGAGCUAUCUAAGAAACAGUGCAGUACAGGAGCACACGGGUAUCAUAAGAAUUUUCAUUUCACUGAAAGUGCUUCACUUCCUAUUAUUGAACGGAAAAUGAAAAAGUUGAGUAACAGUAAAGCGCCUUUUCUUUCAUCCAUCAAGAUGGCAUCAACAUCUCGACAGGAUAGCAAAACCGAACCUGAAGUAAAGAAAAAUCGCUUGAGAUUGGAAAGAUCGCCGUAUUUAUUGCAACAUGCAACGAAUCCUGUGGACUGGUAUUCUUGGGGCGACGAAGCUCUGGAAAAGGCAAAGAAGGAAAACAAGAUAAUUUUUGUAUCGAUCGGUUACUCUACGUGCCAUUGGUGCCACGUGAUGGAGAAGGAAUCAUUUAAGAACGAGGAAGUUGCAAAAAUCAUGAACGAGAAUUAUGUAAAUAUUAAAGUAGAUAGAGAAGAGAGGCCCGAUAUCGAUAUGAUGUGCAUGAUGUUUAUUCAG